AGUGCGGCCGCAGCUCGGAUGUUUUGGUGCGUUAAACUGCGCCAGCGCCGCCCUUGUGUCGGUGCCAUCCGCUCCGCUCAGCCAUUGAUAAUAUUCUGUCUCGGACUCAUCACAUAACGAUCUCAGCGGACACACACACACUCACACACACAUCGGCUAUCGAAGUGCCACACGGGGGUAUAAUCUGCUAAACUCCGCCCCGGCAGCUCCUCCAGCUGAUGGCCUGCCUGCCUGCGUGUUGCAUGUUUGGGAUUGUUGUGAUGGGAGGCCGCAGCCAUCUUGGAGCAGAGGACGGACGUUAACGGAGGAACUACUCGGCUAACGUUAGCCGCUCGGCCAGAUUAACCGCUCCGUGUUGCCGUGCGGCGAGACUAUGCUUUCUUUACGCAGUUUCUCUUCGUUAGCUGUCGGUUUAAUGGCGUGAAAAUGGGCACGAAUUGUGUUAAAGGUUUAGUGAUAUAAUCCAGUAGAGGGCGGCGGCGACGGCGGUGCAGUUCCUCGGUAUAUUUGUUAAAUUUCUUGGAUAGAGGAGUUACUAUGAAUGGAGGAUAAAUGUUGCCGAAGGCUGACAGCAGCAGUUUCGUCCUCUUCUCUCUUCUCUUCGUCCUCACGUUAACGGACCCACCACGGACAGGUCCGCGGCUAGCUCUGGCAAGAUUAUUGUCAGAGCAGCGCUGCAGCCCUGGGCAGUUUGCCUGCCGCAGUGGGAAGAUGCAGUGUAUCCCAAUGUCCUGGCAGUGUGACGGCUGGACAGCGUGUGAGGACAAGAGCGACGAGAUGGACUGUCCCCCUAUAAAGGAGGAGAGGUUUCGUUUCGGGAACGGAUAUGACCAGGUGGAAGACGUCAUCGGCGUGGCUCAGCCUGUGCGCUUCAACAAGAAAUGCCCCAGCGGGUGGCACCACUACGAGAAGACGGCGAGCUGCUACAAAGUCUACCUGAGGAACGAGAACUACUGGCAGGCCGUGGAUACGUGUCAGAAAGUCAACGGCUCGCUGGCGACGUUUGUGACCAACGAGGAGCUGCAGUUCAUUCUGAAGAUCGAGGUGGACUUUGACGACAAAGUGUGCGAGCGCAGAGACCAGUGCAAGUUUUGGGUGGGCUACCAGUAUGUGAUCACCAAUCAGAACCACUCCUUGGAGGGCCGCUGGGAAGUCGCAUAUAAAGGCUCCAUGCAGGUUUUUUUACCACCUGAGGGUCUGAAAGAUUUCGGGGAGGCGUCUCCCACCCAGGACAACGUCUUCUGUGCUCAGCUGCAGCGCUUUCAGAUCAAAAGCAUGAAUGAGCGAGGCCUGCACAGCUGGCACGCCGAGAACUGCUACAAGAAGUUCCCUUUCCUUUGCAAGAGGAGGCAAACAUGUGUCGACAUAAAAGACAAUGUUGUAAACGAGGGCUACUACUUCACACCGAAGGGAGACGACCCGUGUUUGAGCUGCACGUGUCACGACGGCGAGCCUGAGAUGUGCGUCGCCGCGCUGUGCGAGCGGCCACAGGGCUGCCAGCAUUUCCGCAAAGAUCCCAAAGAGUGCUGCAAGUUCACCUGCCUGGAUCCAGACGGAAACAGUUUGUUUGACUCGAUGGCCAGCGGGAUGCGACUGAUCGUCAGCUGCAUCUCGUCCUUCCUCAUCCUCUCUCUGCUGCUCUUCAUGGUGCACAGACUCCGGCAGAGAAGACGUGAACGCAUCGAGACGCUGAUCGGAGGAAACUUGCACCACUUCAACCUUGGAAGACGAGUCCCGGGCUUUGACUACGGUCCAGACGCCUUUGGCACCGGCCUCACUCCUCUGCAUCUGUCUGAUGAUGGAGAAGGAGGUGCAUUUCAUUUCCAAGAGCCUCCUCCGCCGUACGCAGCCUACAAAUACCCCGACAUCCAGCACCCCGAUGACCCCCCGCCUCCGUACGAAGCCUCCAUCAACCCAGACAGCCUCCUCUACGUGGACCUCGGACACGGCGGGGUUUCCAUGGUGCCGAGCCAGAUGAACGCCAUGGGAGAUGGGCUCCAGGCAGAUAUUCCCAACGCUUCAGGUCCGGUGCCAGACUCUGCGCCGUCCUCUCAGGAGAGGGAGGACUCCAUAGAUAGCAGCACGCUCCUGGUGGGGCCCGACACGCCGACAGAUGGCCACGCCACCGCCAUGCCCGCGGACUGCACCUCCUCCCUCAGCACCGUGGUAUAGGACCGUGGGCCGACGGUACCCGGAUAUCACCCGCUGGUAGAGGAAGGUCAUGAGUUUGUUCUGCUCCAGGAGAGGACGCAGCAGACUGCUGGCGAAAACGCUGACUGCAGAGAGGACACCGACUUUGUACAGACAUAUCAGGAGGUGGAGCAGCCUGGUUUGUUUUGUUUUUUUUGAUGCUCUUUUCUCUUUGAAGACUCUUCUGCAGCUUUUUCUUCUACGGUUGUUUUUUUUAAGACACUGAGGGAGCAGAGAGGAUUGUUUCUGUACAAAGAGACAAACGUUACAUUCAGAGCUGCACUUGGACUUUUAGCAUUAACUGAUCAAAGCUUUUUGAAACAUCUCAAAAUUGGCCCGAACGGUCGAGAAGCCCUGGUGUAAAUACCCCCUCAGGUCUGUGCCCGUCUAAUACUUGUGUGUCGGCAAAUAACGACAGACGGACAGCGAAGCCAGCUUUUGUUCCUCGUGCGAUUUUUUUUUUUUUUUGUUUGCUUCAUACUUUAAAACGGACGUGUGCGUAUCAAUCUGUCCGUCUCCAAUCUACAAUAACAUCCACAUUUCUAUCUGCUCAUAAAGCCCUUCUAUCCCCACUCACUUUUAUUAGUCCGAUACGAGAAGCUGUCUUCCAGAUUUAUAGCACAUAUUUCCAGCGAGAGAUGUUUUGUAGUUCAGAGAUCAGUCCUUGCAAGAGGGUACGGUUAGUUUCCUGCUACGGGGUUUUUAUCAGGUAAUGCUGACAACGAGGCGUUACCCAUCAAAGAAUGUUGUGAUACUGAUAAGUAUGAGUUUGUGUUCUUUUUUUUGGUAAUUUAUGACUGCAGGUUGUAAUCUUGAUUGUUAAACUGUGGGAUAGAUGUAGGCGGGUUUCUCUACCGAUCGUUGAAGACUUUUCAAGUGUAUAUGUGAAGAUUAGGGGCGAUGUCCCGUCAUUAAAUUUGAAAAACUCGAUUUAUUUAAAGUAACUGUUCCAGCUCUUUGCAGGAUAGUCUUGUAUUUGCUAACUGAACUGUUUCGUCCUUCAAUUUAAGAUUUUUUUGUUUUGUUUGGAGGAAAAAAGGUCACAUUCGGAUGCUGCCCCUCCAUCCCCUGAAGUGUUUGUGUCUUUCUUAAUGCAGGUUGUUUUCAGCUACUGAGGGAGAUAAUGUCACCGACUGUAGCUGCGAGUCUUUUCCUUGUUUUGGUGUUGAUGGGUCUGUUGCCGUUCUUGUUUCUCAGCGGGAUUGAAAGACAAAAUAAAAGAAACUGUCUCUUUGGAACGAGUUAGAACCCGGUUAUGACGACAAUCGUUGGAGAAAGAAGCCCGAAGACGUGAGACAGUCGGGCCUGAGUCGACCCACCGCCACCAGCAUCCAAAACCGCUUACGAUCUGCCUCGAAAAACAGCUGUAAACGUGUCCGACCGCACACAUCUGUGUAUCUCAUGUUUGAAUGUACCGUAUGUAUAAUUUUUGUGCUUAUCUUUAAGCUUAUUUCCCCCUUUUUUAUUUUGAUUUCUUCUUUUUUUCUCGCAUUGACAAUCCACAGUGGAUUAUCUAACAAACAGAAUCAUGUUCUCAUAAAUUGUGGAUAAAAGUAAAGUGUGCAUGUGUGUUUAGGAAACGGUGUACAGGUUUGGAUUUCUUUUUUUCAUCAAGUUUGGUUUUUAUUUUUCAACCUGCUUUUUGGACCUUUGGUGCAUGUUUUUUUUUUUCUUUAAUCUUUUGGCAUGCUGAGAGAUUUUUCUUUUGAUGGAAACCUUUUUGCUCAACAGCGUGUCCUGUACAGUAGCUUCAACGACUCCUGCAUAUAGUUUAACAUCCAUUUGAAACCCAAACGGCUGCAUUUACGCUGUAGUUUCUGUGUAUGGUGGCGUGAGAACUAAUUCUUUUUUGGGGGCGGUUUUGAAAUGUUUUGUGUGUAAUACAACAAAUUCUACAUUUCAUUGUCUUUUAUUUCAUAUCCUUUCAAUUUAAGAAAGAAAAAAAAACUGCUUCAUUUGCAGGCGAGCUUGUUUUCUGAGGUAGAUGUACAUCUAAUCAAAUGCCAAAUAAAAUGCACCAUGAAGGA